GCCAUUGGUGUCUGGGUGAUUCACGAAAAUCGGUGUUCUGGUAUUUUUGCUGGUGGAAAAGUGAAUUUUCACCCUCUCAAGAGGCACAAAAGCUAACAAUUAUCAAUUAGGACAGUGCAUUGUCUCCCCCCAACAUCCCAAAUACCCUCUCAAGUGCAUUUAUAGCCAGCGUAGCGCGAUGACAUCGUCCGGCGACUUCGGGAAUCCGCUCAGGAAGUUCAAGUUGGUCUUCUUGGGCGAGCAGAGCGUUGGAAAAACGUCUCUAAUUACACGAUUCAUGUACGACAGUUUCGAUAACACGUAUCAGGCAACCAUCGGGAUUGACUUUCUGUCCAAGACGAUGUACUUAGAGGACCGAACUGUACGGCUGCAGCUGUGGGAUACGGCCGGCCAGGAGCGUUUCAGAUCCCUCAUUCCUUCCUACAUUCGAGACUCAACAGUGGCUGUCGUGGUGUAUGAUAUUACGAAUGCAAACUCUUUUCACCAGACCUCAAAGUGGAUCGACGAUGUGCGAACGGAGCGCGGCAGCGAUGUGAUUAUCAUGCUGGUGGGCAACAAGACGGACUUGUCGGACAAGCGCCAAGUGUCCACGGAGGAGGGCGAUCGCAAGGCGAAGGAGCUCAACGUGAUGUUCAUCGAGACGAGCGCCAAGGCGGGCUACAAUGUGAAGCAGCUCUUCCGGCGAGUGGCCGCCGCCUUGCCCGGCAUGGAUUCCACUGAGAACAAACCGCCAGAAGACAUGCAAGAAGUCGUUCUCAAGGAUUCGCCAAAUGAACAAAAAGAUCCAGAGGGAGGAUGCGCCUGUUGAGUGCCUUUUUGCUACACACUUUUUUCUAUCAUUAUUAUUAUUACUUGUUGUGAAUCAAAAGAAAGGGGGGAGAGCAAAUGAUUUACCAUCAGAAAAGAGCAUUUUAUAUAAUUUAAAAGGUUCUAUUUUUUACAUAAGGCGAAACGAGUAUGAUUACUAUAUAAAUAUAUAUAUUAAAUCUGUAUUUUUAAUUUAUACAUUAAUAAUACCAGCACACGAAAAGUACGAUAAACACUAACAGCUAUAAUUAAAUUAUUUAUAAUUUAAAACUGUAUUAUAUUUUGUCGUAUAAGUUUAAAUUCUAAAAUGUUUACACAUUUUAUCUUCCCUAACUUAAGUCAUGAUUUUGCAUAUAAAAGUUGAAAAUUCUUUAGAUAGCUUCAUUUUAUACUUCCAGUGAGUAUUUUUCCGUGCAUUUUCACACGUUUUACUGGAUUAAGUUUGCACGUUAUUUUUAAUUUUUACUUAUGAAGAGACUUUUCAAAGAGAUUGACUUUGUGGAGAAAUCUAGAGAAAUGUCGCAAAACUGUUGUAAAUAAAUCAUGCAAUUUCAGUUUAUCAUUCAAGUGAACCUGAGAAUGGGAAACUUGAGUGAUAAAAUGAUGAAAUAUUGGCAAAAUAGUGCCUAAAAGGUUGUUAUUUUGGUCAAGAGUAUUGAAAUUAAAUGGAAAAGCAAGUAAAUUUAACUUAGAUGUGCGCAUUUAUCGUUAAUCGGCAAGUGAAACGCCUUUCCCAACGGAUUUUUUUUUAAAUUAUCGGUUUCUCGAUUGCCUAAGACUGAGCGUGUAUAUUUUCGAGAGAAGAUUUAUUAGAAAAUUAGCUUUGAAUUGAAGAUAAUUAGAUAUCCACAUUCUUCCCUUUGUUCUUAUAAUCUUAUAACAUUGACUGUAUUUACAACAGUUUUGCGAUCUUUUGUGCGGGAGGAAAAGCGAGUGUGUGAAAGUGCUGAAUUUUCCUUGAUUGCCGGAAAAUGCACGCACAGCCGUGGAUCUGCAGACGCAGCCGUCGUGCAAUGGCGACCAGCACGAUUCCGAGGGUGGUUGCAUGUGUUAAUCCGCACGAGGGCAUCUUUCAUCUCACGACGCGCGACGCACUGAAGCCGAAGGGAUGCAAUACUGCUGGCUUGAGACACUCAUCAGUGGCAAUGGCGAGGACUUUUUAGACGACUUUUACGUUGUGAUAGGGUAUCCUAAACAAUAUUUCCUUCUCUCACGGUGGAUCUCUCGAGAAUCAAAAGACACAUCGCGAUGGAAUUUAACCCACAAGAUUUAAUCAUUGAAUAUGAGAAAAAAAAACAACACAACACUACAAUAGUUAGAAAUAGGCGUGAAAGGGUUGGAGAAUUCUGAGGGGAACAAUAAGGAAAAAAUAGUAGCAUUAUCAUCAAACAUCAAAUCGAUAUUCAGGUUCAUAAAUGGAAGUUCCACGUGCGCUUUCUUUUGCCAAAAA